UUCGGGGCAACAGGGGUGCUGCUCGGCGAGCCGGCGGCGGCGACCAGCGGGGGAAUGAGGGCGAGCCUGGGAAGUGGCAGCUGAGCGGUCCGGGAGGAGCGCCAGUCUCCGAGGAUUCCAAGAGUUCGGAACUUGGGGCAGGGGCCGGGAGGCGCGGGGGAGCUGGGCCCUCUCUCAGCAACGUGUCCCGGGGCCGGCCCGGCCCGCAGUUUGGAAGCAGCUUCAGGUAGGCGAGCCCGUGAAACAAUAUGAAGAGAAGAAAAUAGCCUUUUAAGGAAAUUGGCCCACAGAAAGGAUGGCCUUCUUGGACAAUCCAACUAUCAUUCUAGCGCAUAUUCGACAGUCACAUGUGACCAGUGAUGACACAGGAAUGUGUGAGAUGGUUCUGAUUGAUCAUGAUGUUGACCUAGAGAAGAUUCAUCCUCCUUCAGUGCCUGGAGACAGUGGGUCAGAAAUUCAGGGAAGCAAUGGUGAAACUCAGGGCUAUGUAUAUGCCCAAUCAGUCGAUAUUACCUCAAGUUGGGACUUUGGUAUUAGAAGACGCUCAAACACAGCUCAAAGAUUAGAACGACUCCGAAAAGAGAGACAAAACCAGAUCAAAUGCAAAAAUAUUCAGUGGAAAGAAAGAAAUUCUAAACAAUCAGCCCAGGAGUUAAAGUCACUGUUUGAAAAAAAGUCCCUCAAAGAAAAGCCUCCGAGUUCUGGAAAGCAGUCAAUAUUGUCUGUACGCCUGGAGCAGUGCCCUCUGCAGCUGAAUAACCCCUUUAAUGAAUAUUCCAAAUUUGAUGGCAAGGGUCAUGUAGGCACAACAGCAACCAAGAAGAUUGACGUCUACCUACCCCUGCACUCGAGCCAGGACAGACUCUUGCCAAUGACCGUGGUAACAAUGGCCAGCGCCAGGGUGCAAGACUUGAUCGGGCUCAUCUGUUGGCAGUACACGAGUGAAGGACGGGAGCCGAAGCUCAAUGACAACGUCAGCGCCUACUGCCUGCAUAUUGCUGAGGAUGAUGGGGAAGUGGACACAGAUUUCCCCCCUCUGGAUUCCAAUGAGCCUAUUCAUAAGUUUGGCUUUAGUACCUUGGCCCUGGUUGAAAAGUACUCAUCUCCUGGUCUGACGUCCAAAGAGUCACUAUUUGUUCGAAUAAAUGCUGCUCAUGGAUUCUCCCUUAUUCAGGUGGACAACACAAAGGUCACCAUGAAGGAAAUCUUGCUGAAGGCAGUGAAGCGAAGGAAAGGAUCCCAGAAAAUUUCAGCUGGAAGAAAAACCCUUCCUUCACCAAGACUGAUUUGAGCUAAUUUCCAUGAAAAACCACCACUUCAGAAGAAUUAUCGCAGCACAGAAGACUUCUUCGAGAUCAUCCAGAGGACCUGAAAUACCAAACUUCUAUUUUACUGCUUUCAAAUGCCUGACGUUGGAGCUGUUUUCCCAAAUAAACAACUUAAGCGAUUUUUAACAAUUUCAGUUAACAGCUUUCCAUAAAGAGUUAUUCCUUUUUGGAGUAAAUUACAAAUAAUGGUACUUUUGACUGUGUGUCUGCAACAGUUUUAAAUACAUUAAGUAGGGAAAGAAGAAAUAGCUAGUCAGGGUUAUUUCUUUUUCUGCCUUGCAAUGAUAAUAAUGUCCAGAGACAAAGAUGACUUAAACUAAGGAAAAUGGCAUUAGAUUAGCACUGAGAGGCAGGUCUGAGUAGAGGAAAUAUCAGCAUUUACCUUUCUUGUUACUUAGCUGCUAAUCACAGCAUGGCAGUCAGCUAGGUGUGUGGGUUCUACUGUGUCAUCAAACCAGUUUUUCAAACAGGAAGUCAGUGAGAUGUAAUUAAAGCCUAAGUGCUGUAAAAGAUGCUAGGUGGUCUCUUGCAACUCCUCAAUCUUCCCCAAAACUGUCACCACAUAAUCAUAGUUAUAUCAAAUCAUAACAAAACCCUAGCUUUCCGUUUUUUUGUUUGUUUUUGGCAUGCUACAUUUCUUAGAACAAUGUAAUUUAAGAGAAAGCAAGAUUAAAGUCUACAAACUCCUGAGGGUCAUGCAGAUCUCUGAAACACCUAAAACCAAAUUCAUCAUUUAAUAAAUAUUUGUGCAAUUUCUACCAAGCUGCAGGGAGUGAAUAAGAAUGACAAGUGCCUGCUCUCAGAGAGUUCUCAUUCUAGUGGGGGAAAUGGUCAGUAAAAAGUAAACAGAUGAGUGUGAUACAUGUGAUAGGGAUAAACACUACAAAGAAAAUAAAACAGGGUGAUAUCUCCUACUUUAAAUCCACAUGUCUACAGAGUCUGCCUUCUAAAAUGCAGUUCUCUUGGGUCACUCCAUUAUUGCCUACCAUGCUCUUAAACCAAGCCCUUCAUCAUCUCUGUCCCUCCCCAUCACAAUCUCAUUCAGCUCUUCUUAUGUCUUACUGUGUUUCCCAGGUCUGAAUCUGGUUCUGCUGCUUGCUGGGCCCCUGCUACCAUCUCUUCAUAAAAGAGUCCCUCCUCUUUUCAUGUGGUUGCCCUAGGACAUCUUCUAGGCUCUAUGUCUUGAAUCCUGCCUCCGGGUCAGGCUCUGAAUCCAGUUCCCAUCCUCCAGCCCCUUUUGCCUCCCUUUCCACUUAACAUUUUCACUGUUCAUUGCCUCCCUAGUUCAUGUCGUCAGGGAUAUAUGGCCUUUGGGUCUCUUUCUCCCCGUGCCUGCCCCAGUGGGCCAACCUGCUGCCUUCCAUACCUGGCCCCUCUCCAGAGACCCCAGGCAGGCAGCAGUGUUUUGUACCUCCCUUUCUCCACUCUUCCACCCCCUCAGCUGUAAUUAUCUGGUAAGCCAUUUUUCUUCUUCACUAGACAUGGUAGGGGACCUUACAAGUAUUUGUUGAACAGCGCAUGAGUCUGAAAAACCAAGAUUUCUUCCUUACAAGCUGGUAGCCAGAAUUAGAAGGUUCCUCUAUGCUUUUUAGUGAGAUUUUAAAGCAAAUGAAAGGAAUUCAUGCUUUGAAUAUGAUGUCUGGACAUAUGGUGUACCUUAUGUUCAAGAGGUGAUGCAGGCUAAAAUUAAUGCGAUGAGGACUUUCCUCUCAGGUUUUCACUGAACUGAGUAAUAGGAAAUCUUCUGGUCCUCCCGGAGCAUUGAAUCAUUGGAGGAAUGUUACUGCGGCCCGUUAGGAAGCAUUUGGGGUCAUAUGCAGCUCUCGUUAAUAAGUAUAGCUGGAAAAUCUCGUAUGUGAAGCUUAGAAAAGCAAACUUCCAAGGUUAUCAUUUGGAAUUCUGGUUUUCGUACUUUCCUUCACAACAUUCAUGUCUCAGAUCAUUCCCAUAGGCAAACUUCCCCCCGGAGUCCCUUACAAGAUAAGUUUUUUGGUGUCAGCAAGAAGCUUUUAGUAAGACUUCUGUUUAAUGAGAACCUUCAGAUCUUUAUUUCACAUAUCUACUUAACUCACCUGGCUGGGGGCGGGGGGGGGGCAGGGUGAUAAUACUGUUUUAUUUUUAUCGUUGACUUGUGACUCAGGAGGCCCCAUAUGUUACAGAAUAGAGCUGCUCUACGUUUUUAUUGGCUGUGAUCUUUAUGGAAACAGUCAGGCCUGUUUCUUCCACAGUGCUGCUGGUGGGUUUGAACCCCCAACCUUUUAGUUACCAGCCAAGUGGAAACUGUUUGUACCACCUAGGGACCUUAAUUUUUGACGCUAGUCAGUCUUUGCUGUGCUCACUAUGAUGGGUCCUACUGAUGAGAGCAGAAUUUCCUAUUACUUCCUGUUGCUCGGCUCACCAUGCUCAGGUUCUGCUGAAAUUCAGCAGUUGCAGAGGAGGCUCUGGCCAUGUCAAGCAUGGCCUAAGUCUUCAUUGUUCACUUCCUGGGGAGCUAGGCAUGCAACCUGAAAAGAAAAUCUCCAGGCCCUUUUGCCUCUCUCUCUUAAACACUGUACUCUAUGCUGAGAAACUAACACCCAGCUUCUCUCCCCCUGUGCUGCACCCAAGCCCAGGUCACCCAAAAGAGGAUCUUGAGAGCCCCAGGGAACCCCAGAGACCAACAUUUCUCAGAACACCUCACCCCAGUAAUCUCACACCUGAAAACCUCUCUCAGGAGAGAGGGAAGGAAGUGGAGACUGCUCCUGGACAAAUUCUUUCUUCUAUCUUUUAUAAGUCCUUCCAUUUCCUGAAGAAAGGACUUUCUUGAGUUCCCGGUUUGGUGAGUUCCCCUCCUGAAUGGAGCCUCUCUUGCCCCCAGGCUGCUGGGCGUUAUCUGACUUCACUUUAGCAGGUUGUUUCAUGCAUCCCCUAAUUGGCUACCAGCACCCUUCCCUGAUGCAAAGAGAAACAACUGGGCAGCAAGGGCUUGAUGAGUUGAUAAGCACUGAGUUACUCCAUCAGAAUCAACGGUGGAAGUUAAGAGGGACAGGCCAUAUCUUAGCUGUGGAAUCUGCUAGAGAGAACAGUGUCCUUCACCCACUCUGUCUUGUGUCAGAGGCACUUUGGACCUGUCCCCAGUAAGUUCCUAGUGUACUAAUCUUGCCAAACAUUGGUGAAUACCUUGCAAAGGAAAAGGAUGAGGGCCUCCUUUUACUUUGGGAGAGUGUUUGAGAGAAGGAUGUUGAGCUUUAAUUUGAGUAAAAUGAAAGCCACUGUGGAGAAGAACUGGUUCCUUUUUGUUUACACCCGAUCUAGCACUGUACCUGGCCAGGAUUUGGUUGCUGAUACAUUUUGUAGAAUGAACUAGGGAGGAGCAGUGAAAGCCAGUGUGCAGCCCACAACUGCUUUGCUCUCUGCCAGCCUGGGCUAGAGGCCACCCACUUUCUUUUCAGGAAUGGAUUCACUACCCUUCGAUUAUUGGAGAUCAAACUUCCUCGGAGAAUUAAAUCAUUGAAUGUAAAUGUCCUAAAAAUGAAGGCGCAGUGCACAUCAGUCGAAAUUAGUGUUGCCUCCCAGGUCCCCUUAACGAUAUGGAUCUCUAAUAAGUCCUUGAGGAGCCAGAGGAGUAUAUCAGAAACAGACAUUUUAAACAUCAGUAGUCAAAUAAGGGUACCCAGCAGGAAGAAGCUUCUACGUACACUGUAUUACAGAAGAAAAGAAUUAAGGCAAACUCACUUUGCAGAGGGAAUGUGUGAACAAGAGAGAGAGAACAUACUAAAUCCUCAUCUUCCAUAGCAGGAAGUUAAUAGAUACUGUCUCGUAUCGAUAUAAUCUUAAAAAUAGCUAAAUAAGAAUACAUAAAAAAAAAAAUGAC